GCUGCUGAUCCAGCUUCUUCUUGGACUUUUUCGCCUUUGCCUGGUUCUUGGCGAUGGUGUUGGAGAUCCGAGUCAGGACCUUUCCCAGCGCCUCGUUCUGGUCCCGCAGCAUGUGUUUUUGACUGUCCUCCAGGCAGAAGGAGAUGGUGAGCUUCGGCUCCCCGGGAAGGCACCGCACCACGGCCGCCUCCAUCCGACCGAGAAGGCGGCUGGAUCUGCUAAAGGUACGCGGAGAGGAAGUGCGGAGGCAGCGGGGGAGCAGAGCGCAGGCAGCUGACAGGUGCUUCAACAUGAAGCCCUCGGAGGAUGGAGGAGGAAGUAACCCCAAAAUAUCAGCAGCAGAAGAAGAAUUAACCGAAGCAGACAAAGAUAGCAGACUGGAGGUUUGUUUUCCUUUGCAUGCGAUGAACCCUAGUGGAUAUGUGUUGGAGGAAGAGGAUGAUGAGGAAGAUGCAGCGAUUCAGUACAUGAUUGAGCAGAGUCUGCUGGAGAGCAGCAAGCAGAGGGACGCCCACAGAGCGUCGUCAGCAGGAAACAAACUGAGCGCCAAUUCAGGAUCUUCCAACAUCUCCAAGAUCUUCUCUGCUGUAAAACAAGGAAACGAGAAGCUGCUGAAGGAUUUUUCUGUCCGGCUUAAAGACGAGUUUCUGCGGAGCGACAGCCGAGGCUGGACGCCUCUGCAUGAGGCAGCAGCUCAGAGCAACCAGGCCGUCCUGGAGAUCGCAUACAGAGCUUCAGGUCCAGAUUCUCUGGAGGGCCGGACUCUUCGGGGCCAGACGCCGCUCUUCCUGGCGGUGGAAGGCGGUCUGGUGGAAAACGCCUCGUUCCUCCUGGAGCGCGGCGCUCAGCCGGACUGCCAGGACCAGGACAAGGACACCCCGCUGUUUGUAGCCAUCCGUUCGGACCGAACCGACCUGGUGAAGCUGCUGCUCCUCCGUGGCUCCAGUGUGAACCAGGCGGGCUGCCACGGCCGCCGGCCGCUCCACGAAGCCUCGCGGUCGGGCAACGUGGAGCUGGUGAAGCUGCUGCUGGAGGCCGGGGCGCGGCCGGACCCACGCAGCAACUACGGCUUCACGCCGCUGGCGCUGGCUGCGCAGGGAGGACACCUGGAGGUGGUGGAGCUCCUGCUGAGGAAAGGAGCGGACAUUUUCUCUCAGGCGCACGAUGAGGCGUCCGUCUUAUACGAAGCGUCUGCUUCAGGGAACGCGGCCGUCGUCCGUCUGCUGCUGGAUCACGGAGCCGACGCCAACGUGUCCAAUCACACCGGACAUCUGCCGAUCCACCGAGCCUCACACAGAGGACAUCUGCAGUCACUGAAGUUGCUGCUGCCCGUCACCAACAUGGGAGAUGUGAACGACAGUGGGAUCAGCCCUCUUCAUUCAGCGGCUGCAGAGGCGCACACACACUGCAUCCAGGCCUUGCUGGAUGCGGGUUACGACCCCAACUUCAUGCUCCACCCCUGGAUCCGCCAGAGCUACGACGACGAGAGGAAGUCCGCUCUCUUCUUUGCUGUUUCCAAUAACGACAUGGUGUCGGUGAAGCUGCUGCUGGAGGCCGGAGCCAUGCCCAACCAAGACCCGGUCAAAUGUCUGCAGGUUGCACUCCGUCUGGGCAACUACGAUCUGAUCAGCUUGUUGCUGCGUUAUGGCGCUAACGUCAACUACUACUCCAAAAUAAACACGACGCAUUUCCCCUCGGCGCUGCAGUACGCGCUCAAAGACGAGGUCAUUCUCAGGAUGCUGUGUAACUAUGGUUACGACGUGGAGCGCUGCUUUGACUGUCCCUAUGGCAACAGCUCCCACAUUCCUGAGGACUACGAGGGAUGGACCUGCUCUGUGAUCAAAGACACUUUGUUCUGUGAGGUCAUCACCGUCUAUUGGCUGAAAGACCUGUCGGGUCACGUGGUUCGAGUGCUGCUGGACUACGUGGAUCACGUGACGCUGUGUUCCAAAUUGAAGGCGGUUCUGAUGGAGCAGAACCAGUGGGCAGACAUUUGCAGACUGCAAGAAAACCCCCGGUGCCUGCAGCAUCUCUGUCGCCUGCGGAUCCGUCGUUGUCUCGGCCGCCUCCGGCUACGGUCGCCGGUCUUCAUGAGCUUCGUGCCGCUGCCAGAGCGGCUGAAGGACUACAUCCUGUACCGGGAAUACGACCUGCUGGGCCGGCAGAGGGGCAGCCCGGGCUGAAGGGAGGCGGCAAUCAGAACCGGUUAAGAAACAAGAAAGUUAUGGUACAUCUGUUUGUUUUAUUUUGAUUUCAUCAUUUAUUUCAUUUUUAUUUGAUCCUCUUUAAUAGACGAACAAAAUACAAUGCAUACCUGAUUAAAAAUUAGGCAACGAAUAAAGAUCUUAGAAGUGUGGCAUGCAUUUGUAUUCAUUGUUCAUUCUGAUCAGUGGCGGUCCCAAGUGGGGGCCACGGCCCAGGAGGGGUGCUGGUGCCUAUCAGGCGGGGUCACCCUGGACGGGUCACCAGUCUGUCACAGGGCAACACACACACACACACACACACCUA